UUUCAGCCUGAGGAGUCAGCCUUCACUGUCAGGGCCAGGGAUCUCAAAUUCAAUGCCAUGAAGGGCGCUGAUCAAUGCUGCUCAGGGUCGCAGGUAGGGUGAGCAGAAGGCAAGUUGGAACAUUCUUGGUGAGGCGUCUUUCCCAGGGUUUUUACGCUGACAACAUGGCUACCGCACAGGUGGAUGCAAGCAAAGUCAACGGGACACCCAGCAUUAUGAACACAUUGGGCACAUCCGAUCAGAUUGUGAAAGAUGCUCUGGAAGGGAAGCACGUCCUUCAGAAGCUUGGCAAGGAUGACAUUCUCGUUGAAGACGAGGAGCUCCUGUCAAAAGAGUUUAUCAACAUUCUCAGGGAACUGAAUGGGGAGGACAUCGCAGAGGUGGUCAAAGAAUGCCACACCCUUGCUGCAAGCUACCAGACUUCAGGCAAAGUGGAAGAUCUCAAAAGACUGGAGAAGAUCAUCAAUGAGCUCUCGCCUGGCGAGUCUAUUGUGGCGACAAGUGCAUUCAGCCACAUUUUGCAGCUCUCCAAUCUUGCCGAGGAGGUCCAGAUCGCACUCCGACAGAGGGCACAGAAGAAGUCAGGUCACUUCUCUGAUGAAGCACAUGGAAUGACAGAGUCGACAAUCCAGGAAACAUUCGGGAAGCUGCUGAACUCUGGGAAGACUAAAGAGGAUAUCCAUGCUGCUUUGAAAGCCCAAUGCGUGGACCUUGUCUUCACCGCGCAUCCCACUCAAGCUGUGAGAAGAUCUCUCUUACAGAAGCACUUCAAGAUCCGGAACAUACUGUCCGCACUGCAUUCGUCUGCUGUCCUCUCAGAGAAUGAAAAGAAUGAGUUAUUGGAGUCUUUGAGGAGCAGCAUGCAAGGAGCCUGGCGCACAGACGAGAUCAGGAGGACACCACCAACCCCCCAGGAUGAGAUGAGGGCUGGAAUGAGCUACUUCCACGAAACAAUCUUCCACGGGCUGCCACGCUUCUUGAAGAGGGUCGAUACAGCACUCUUUUCGAUCGGUAUUGAGGAGCGGUUGCCUCUGGACACCCAGAUCUUCAAGUUCAGUUCCUGGAUGGGUGGAGACAGAGAUGGGAACCCCCGCGUCACUCCUCCGGUGACCCGCGAUGUGUUGCUGCUGUCUCGACUCAUGGCAGCCAACCUCUACUUCCACGAAAUCGAGGGCUUGAUGUUCGAGCUGAGCAUGUGGCGUUGUAGCGACAAGAUGAAGCAGGUCGUCAAGGAGGUUGUUGCGAAGCAAAGCGGAAAGGAAAACGUGCAGCGACACUACUCGGAGUUCUGGAAAUUCAUUCCCCCGACCGAGCCCUACCGAGUCCUCCUGUCGGAGGUCCGCGAUAAGCUGUACUACACACGAGAGCACUUCCAGGCACAGUUGGAAGGGCGGCAGUCAUACACGGACGAGGCCGAGCUUGUCUUGCGCACCGAUGACUUGCUGGACACUCUGAAGGUCUGCUACGACUCCCUCUGUGCCACUGGGGACAAGGCCAUCGCUGACGGACGUCUUCUAGACGUUAUGCGCCAGGUCCAGGCAUUCGGUAUGUCCCUGGUGAAGUUGGACAUCCGCCAGGAAUCCGAGCGCCACACGGACGCCAUCGAUGCCAUCACGACGUACCUGGGCAUCGGUUCGUACAAGUCAUGGUCUGAGGAAGACAAGCAGGCCUGGCUGCUCAAGGAGCUGCAGGGGAAGCGGCCCCUGUUUGGGGCGGACCUAGAGACGAGCGACGAAGUGAAGGAGGUGCUCGACACGUUCCGCGUGAUUGGCGAGUUUCCAACCGAGUCGUUUGGGGCGUACGUCAUCUCCAUGGCGACCUCGCCUUCGGACGUCCUCUCCGUCGAGCUCCUGCAGCGCGAGUGCGGUGUCAAGACGCCGCUGCGCGUGGUGCCCCUCUUCGAGAAGCUGGCCGAUCUCCAGGGCGCCCCUGCGGCCGUCGAACGGCUCUUCUCGGUGGACUGGUACCGCAAGCGCAUCGACGGGAAGCAGGAGGUCAUGAUUGGCUACUCGGACUCUGGCAAGGAUGCCGGGCGGCUGUCCGCGGCCUGGCAGGUGUACGUUGCACAGGAGGACCUGGCCAAGGUGGCCGCCAAGUAUGACGUCAGGCUGACGUUGUUCCACGGCCGAGGCGGGACGGUCGGCAGAGGAGGGGGGCCCACGCAUCUUGCCAUCCUGUCCCAGCCGCCAGGCACCAUCAACGGCUCGCUGCGCCUGACCGUUCAGGGCGAGGUCAUCGAGCAGUCCUUCGGCGAGAAGAACCUGUGCUUCCGCACCCUCGAGCGUUUCACAUCCGCCACGCUGGAGCACAGCCUGCACCCCCCCAUCUCGCCCAAGCCCGAGUGGCGUGCGCUGAUGAACGAGCUUGCCGCCACGUCCGUUGUUGAGUACCGCGAGGUUGUCUUCAAGACGCCCCGCUUCGUGGAGUACUUCCGCUCGGCGACACCCGAGCUGGAGUACGGGCGUAUGAACAUUGGCAGCCGGCCAGCCAAGCGGAAGCCGUCUGGCGGCAUUGAGUCGCUUCGGGCCAUUCCCUGGAUCUUUGCGUGGACACAGACGCGCUUCCACCUCCCCGUCUGGCUUGGGAUCGGUGGCGCAAUCAAGCAGUCCCUGGAGAAGAACCCCGACAACCUGGCGCUGAUGCGAUCCAUGUACAACGAGUGGCCCUUCUUCCAGGUCACCAUCGACCUUAUCGAGAUGGUCUUUGCGAAGGCGGACCCGCGCGUUGCUGAAAUGUACGACAGGCUCCUGGUGAACUCCGAGCUGCAGCCGUUUGGGGAGGAGCUGCGGAACAAGUUCAGGGAGACAAAGGACUUUCUCCUCAAGAUUGCGGGGCACAACUUCGUUCUGCAGCACAACCCGCAGCUGUUCCAGAGGCUGAUCAUCCGCGAUCCCUGGAUCACGUGCCUCAACGUUCAGCAAGCGUACUGUCUCAAGCACAUGCGCGACCAGGGCCACCAGAUGAGCGUCAAGAGCCCGCUCGCUACUGCCGUCAACCCCAUCUUUGGAACGGCAACGGCCCCGCCCAAGAAGUCCGACGAGCUGUUGCAGCUGAAUCAGACCACCGAGUUUGCCCCGGGGCUCGAGGAUUGCCUCAUCCUCAGCAUGAAGGGCAUUGCUGCCGGGUUGCAGAACACGGGUUAGGCAAGAGGGUGUCUCACGGGGAAAUGGAGUGGGGCCGGAGAGGAAGGAAGGUCUCCCCGGAUGCUCCCUCCCUCAAUAUACUAUUUUACACUUACUGCUUCGGUGGCCUGUAUAUACAUAUGGGUUCAAUACCAAUUUGUUUGUGCACGGUUCGAAAUUUAGCGUAGUCCAGCUUGGGAAGACGCUGUGUUAGACAUUCGCUGUUGUAAGAAACCAUACAAGGUACCUAAUCUGCUUGAUGUUUGCUAAAUGCAGCAAACAGUGUUCAAUGCUUAUUUUAACAUAAACGGUGCAAUGGAAAAAUGCCAGAAGAAAAGUAUUUGCAAUCAGUGUG